AUGAAUCUUGCACUGGAAAGUGAGGUCCACCAUUUAAUAAAGCAGGGAUCAGAUCACACACCACUACAUGUAAGGUGUAAUUCUGAUCAGGAACCAGUCAGCAGGCCUUUCAAGUUCUUGAAUUUUUGGACCAAACAUGUAAAUUUCAAGAAGAUAGUAGAGGAAAACUGGAGGAAUCAGGUUGAAGGAUCCCCUUUUACCAUUUUUCAUACAAGGAUGAGACAACUAAAAACAGUACUGACGCAGUGGAGCAAGGAGACAUUUGGGAACAUUUUUCAAAAAAUUGCAACUAUGAAGGAUGUGAUUAAAGGAAAGGAGGUGCAAUUAGAAGUAGCUCCUAUAGAGGCCAACAAAGCUGAACUCAGCAAGGCUAAUGCAAAAUUAAAGAGGUAUCUGAAGAUGGAAGAAAAUUUUUGGAGGCAAAAGGCAGGAAUGAGGUGGUUCACAGAUGGGGACAGAAACACAAAGUUCUUCCAUGCAUAUGUUAAAGGGAGAAGGAGGAAAUUGAAAAUUAGAGAAAUCAAAACUAUACAAGGGGACACUAUUAACUCACCUCAGAAUAUUGGAGAGGAAGUAGUAAAUGUUUUCAGGGAUCAGUUUAAGGAAACACAAGAGACAGUGGACUUUUCAAUGCUUUAG